AUGAAAGCUCUCGGAAAGACCAUGGUGAUGCUGUCGCCUAGUCCAAAGGCUGCUGCAUCUAGCGACCUUCGACCUUUAUUCGUGUUCGGGCACAUGGCGAAUAGCUUGGAAGAACUCGAUGACUUCAUGGCACAAGGUGUGAAUGCCAUUGAAGCCGAUGUCAGUUUCGCGUCCAAUGGGACCGCACUGAAAUUCUACCACGGCCCGGGCUGUGACUGUGGCCGUUAUUGCCAAUACUCCACGGAAAUUACAACGUACCUCUCCUACCUGAGAGACUCCGUCAAUGAAGGUGGAAAGUAUGCUGACAAGUUGCUGCUAUUUUAUGCUGACAUCAAGACAAGCGGCCUAGACGGCGACAACAAGUACGAAGCUGGUGUGAGUUUGGCCAAUAACCUGAUGCGCUACCUCUGGAGCAAUGGUGCAGUUCCAUCUGAUCACAUGCUGGAUGUGAUAAUCUCUGUGUUCAGCGUCAGCGACAAAGAUGUCUUCAGGGGGGCAUUAGAUGCCAUCUCUGAAGCGGAGAACUCCUCGGUUUACCUCGACCACGUAGGUUUUGAUGUCAGCGGCUACAGUUUGCUGGACACUAUUGCCGGCACAUACGAAGACCUCGGUGUUGUGCGACAUCGCUGGCAGGGCGACGGCUCGACAAACUGCCUCAUUGAUAUCUAUCCAACAGUUCGGACGCAUGCCAUGACGUCUCGGCGGACUGCGCAUAAUACAACGCACGACUACGUGGACAAGGCGUAUGUGUGGACUGCGGACCGUUCCACCACUAUUCGGCGAUUUCUGAGAGCGGGUAUCGAUGGCAUCCUAAGCAAUGUUCCAACCAACGUUCUCAGCAUUCUACAUGAAGAUGAGUUCUCGAAGAUAUUCAAGCUCUCAACCAGGGGUGAUGACCCGUGGUUGCGCAUCCCUUGAGCAGAUUUUGCCAUGGAUCUGCAAUACACACUCGUUUAAUGCUUCACUGCACACCAUUGCAGCGGUACUUGGGCUCAAAAUAACACAAAUAUAAAUAAGCACUUCAAAUUUCACUUAUUCCCUUAAUCUUGCUACCGCAUGUUGACCAAUGGUGAUUGCUGCAUUUAAAUGAUCUGGCGUGCUUUUCAGUUACGCCACAUCACAAAGUCAUAACACAUCGUGUAAUACGAGUACUCAAUCUAUCAUAAAAGCACGAUUUCACAUCAUCUGGAAUCAUUACGAGGAGGGCAGCUUGUAGUCUUGCCUCUGCUACAAAGCAUACAUUACCUAAUGACAACUGCUCGAGCUUAGAUUUGCUGUCGCCCUUAGACAUGCCUAUACAAAUUUGCACCAUUUUGU